UUCUAUUUCUUCCCAUCUCCUCAGAUUUACUGAUCGAUUUGGCUUAAUUGGAUCUAAAAGUCUUGUUGAAAUGGAAACUCCUCUUGAGAAGGCCCUGACCACCAUGGUCACCACUUUCCACAAAUAUUCGGGAAGGGAAGGCAGCAAAUUGACCUUGAGCAGGAGAGAAUUGAAGGAGCUGAUUAAGAAAGAGCUUAGCUUGGGGGAGAAAAUGCAGGAAAGUGGCAUCGAUGAACUGAUGAAAAGCCUGGACAAGAACAGUGAUCAGGAGAUUGACUUCAAGGAAUAUUCUGUGUUCCUGACCACACUGUGUAUGGCCUACAAUGAUUUCUUCUUGGAAGAAAAUAAAUAAACAAGUGAAUGAUGGGUCACUGCACUGAGGAUAACCUUCCCAGUGCAGUCUCUUUCCCUUUAUUGGGACCUUCACUCCCAUUCCAUUCCUCCCCAGUUAUUGAUAAUAACUAACAAAUCCUCCAGAUCUAUGUUACCUAGAGGUAGUUGAUGUUUACCUUUUCUUUUUCCCUGUAGGGUACACCCUAAUCUUCUCUGCCUAUAUUCUUUCUUUCUUUCUCUUUAUUUCUUUCCUACUUCCUCCUUUCCUUUUCUCUCUCCUCCCUUCCUUUUUCCAUUUCUCACUUCUUCCCUCCAUUUGUCUCAUCUUUCCUUACUGUCUGGACCUGUGAUCUUAUGGGUAUAUCAAAUGCAGAUCAGCAAUUUACCUGUAAUUUAGAAUUGUAAGGAGCUAUCUAGAAUUCUAAGAGGUUGUGACUUUCCUAAAAAAUUGACUGGCAUGUGAGAGGAAGGAUUUGAAACUAGUGCAGUAAAACCCAGAAUUGUAAAGCCAACCCUCUCUAUCCACUAAACUAUACUUUUUCUCUUGCUAUCAUUAUUUUUGAAAAUAUUCAUUGAUUUUUUUCACCCCUUGUCACUUGCCAAUGUUUCGUCUUCUUCACUUCUGUAUAAUCCUGCCUAUUAAAUGGUUAAUUAAUUUAUUUAAUAUUUUAUUUUCCCCCAGUUGCAUGCUAUCAUCCAUAUUAAAAAAGGAAACAAUUAAGAAAACAAAACAACACAUUUAUCCACCAUCACUUUUCAUUGUUUCUCCUUUACUCCUGUAUAAUUCUCCCUAUUAAAUGAUUAAAUUAUUUAUUUAGCAUUUUAUUUUUCCUCAAUUACAUGUUAUUCCAUAUUAAAAAAAAGAGACAUGGUUAAGGAAGCAAAGCAACACAUUGGCAAGGACUGACAAUAUUUUGCCUUAUUCUAUCAAACAAUCAAUAAUCAUUUAUUAAGUGCCUACUCUGUGCUACGCUCCUUAUACCUCUAUACUCCUAUAGUCCGAGCAGUCCAUUGUAUAAGAAAGGAUGCUUGUUUCGUCAUCUAGAAAAGUGCCUUUCAACCUCCCUUUCCAGAAGCAAUUCCUUCUCUUUUUCCUUCCUGUAUAUGAUAAUAAAAGUUUUUUUUACUUCAAGACAUUGUGGGUGAUUGUGACCGAAGAGAAGGAGGCAGGCACUCAGGGCACAGAUCUUGAAGGAGAAGGAGGAGGGAAAUGUUCCUCAGUAACAUUGCUUCAACUUUUAAAGGUUGUGAAGUUUCACUUCUAUAAGUGUGGAUACUUGGGUGCAUUGCAAUUCCUAAUUCUUACUGGAGAGUCUUCAAGAGCUUCUGUGACUUCGUAGCCACUCUGAUCCACUCCUAGUGUAGAGCAGAAAUUCCUUGAGGUCAAAAAUUUUCCAUUUCUCAUUUUUAUAUAUGUCCCAACACCUAGCACCUUGCUUGAUAUAUAAGAUCAUAUAUUUGAGAAUAGGGAAGGCCUUCUUAAGUUCAUAUCCAGUGUUCUAUCCAUUGUCCUGAGACAUGAUAGUCUC